GUAACGAUUACGGCCAGUAAAUCCAUGUGACGCCACCUCGAAAAGGCGAUCGCGUUGCGGACUCUGAACACACCCUUUAUCUACUGAACCGAACCCCUUUUGCAUCCCGAGUCUCCGGUCUGCGACCUCCUUCGAAUUCCCAGCUUCGUUUGGAUUCAUCAACAACUUGGCUUUCCGGAAAAAAAGUGAAGCCGCGAACUUUGUUCACUACUCCAAAACCACUAGCUCGAACGACAUCACCCCGCCAAACGUCCGUUGACCGACACUCUCCCACAUCGAUACCGGCACCAUGAAGUUGCACUACAUCGGAAUCUUCCGCAAUGACAGCAAGCCGGCCCACGAGAUUGUCGCCGAGAAGGAGCUGAGCGCAUAUUCACGCUUCACUCGCUCCAACUAUGCUGAGUUUAUGACAUUUACUUCCAAAACCGUCGCCGAGCGGACCAAGGCAAGACAACGACAGGACGUAGAGGAGAAUGAGUACACCUUCCACGCAUACGGACGGACCGAAGGGAUCUGCGGCAUCAUCAUCUCAGACCACGCCUAUCCGGCCCUCGUGGCGCAUCAGCUACUUUCCAAAGUGGUCGACGAGUUCUUGGCCAAGCACCCGCGUUCUGCCUGGGCGACCGGCAGCCCAAGCUUACCCUUUCCCGAGCUCAAGGAGUACAUCACCACGUAUCAGGACCCGCACGCUGCCGACAGCAUUCUCAAGAUCCAAAAGGAGCUCGACGAGACCAAGAUUGUGCUGCACAAGACCAUCGAGUCAGUGCUUCAGCGUGGAGAGAAGAUUGACGACCUUGUUGCCAAGAGCGACGGGUUGAGUGCUCAGAGCAAAAUGUUUUACACGCAAGCAAAGAAGCAGAACUCGUGCUGCAUUGUCAUGUGAACGGUUAUUGGGUACCAGCAAUUGUUUAGCUUAAUGAGAGACGUGCGUCGGCACAUAGUCGGACAUGUCCUUGCAUUCUUUUCGCAGCGUUUUCGUCUCAAGGUGGCUCAAUCGUUUUUUGUCUUUUUCUUGUUUUUGAAUCUAUGACAAUUUAUCCCUUUAUCGUUCUUUUUCAAAGCCUAGAACCUGUCUUGCUGUGCAGGAUUUCAUCAGCGUGACUAGUCUGAUGCAUCGACGAAUAUCCUUUUGUCUGUAGGCUAGUCAGCGAUGGCAUUGCACGAUAGCCUGCAGGACCGCGAUCAUUUCGUCAGUAUUCUCGGAUGAUUGAAAAACGCUAUUUGUCUGCAGGUGCUCUGGCCCGAAUUGAUCUUGUCUU